AUGAAGACGAGAUCGGCCGAAGCUGACCUGAAUCUGCAGAGCUGGGUCUCCAAUUCAGAAGAAUUUAUGCGAGCCAUGGCAUGCGGGGAGAAAGCUGAACAGAAGACACAUCCGUUAGGCGACAGCGGCGAAGAGAAGGUGCUGGGAGUAUUUUGGGAUACACGCACUGACACGUUAGUCUUCAAGGUUGCCGAGAAGUCUUACACGGAGUUAACCCGGAUGGAGCUGGUUAGCCGAGUUGCUGGAGUGUUCGAUCCGUUGGGCACCGCCUCUCCCAUCAUCGUUAAGGCUAAGAUUCGCCUCCGAGAAUUAGGCAAAAAGGGCCUAAAGUGGACGGACGUCGUCGAAGGAGAGGACCGAAGAUGGUGGGACCAGUGGUUCGAGACUGAUGUCCUCCAGCUGAACGACGUCAAGAUGCCGCGCUGUCUCUUCCCAGAUUCCGCCAACAUCGUCUCAUCUGAAUUACACACUUUCUGCGACGCUUCCGAAGAGGCUUAUGCCGCAGUGGUCUACGUCCGAAGCGUCUAUGGUGACGGAAGAGUUGUCGUCCGGCAAGUAAAGGCGGCAAACAAGUUGGCGCCAAAGAAGACCAUCUCCGUUCCAAGGUUGGAAUUGAACGCCGCUCUGCUGGGAGCACGAGUAGCCCGAGCAGUUCAAGAAGCUCUUCCAGCUCAUGUGAAACGACGACGGUUCUGGACCGACAGUAGCACGGUCCGAAAUUGGAUACGAGCCGCCGCAGCCGAUUAUCAAACAUUCGUCAGCAACCGCGUCGGAGAAAUCCAAACCAUCACAGAAGAAGAAGAAUGGAGGUUCGUGCCAGGGCUGUUGAAUCCGGCGGAUGCGGCCACUCGUUCCACCCUAGACGGCGUCAAUUUUCCUGCCGUGUGGCUGACAGGGCCGGAAUUUCUUAUGCUGACCGAAAAGGACUGGCCGACUGAUCUUCCGUGGCUUUUGGUGAAAGAUGAGUCGAGGACUAGCCGCACCUUGCUUGCUUCCGUGCCGGAAUCGCCGGUCGUUUGGACCGACGUGAAGAUAGCCCCGGACGACAUCGCUGCGCUCUGUAAAAUGGAUGGCCGAUAUUUAGAGUUGGUGAAGAGCUGCCAAACCGAAACAUUCGAAGAGGAGAUCCGUCGCAUCUGGAGGGGCAAGAAUUUGCCGUCUUCAUCGAACAUUCUGGCCCUAGCACCAAUUGUAGAUUCCGGCGGAAUUCUUCGACUUGGUGGUUGA